GACGCGCUUCCCCCGGGCUGCCGCGCAGAGCAGCUGUGCCUACGCGCCCAGCAGCGCGUGGAGGACCUCAAGUUCGUGUCCAUCAAUCACGAGCUGGCCGAGGAGGCCCUGUCCUACCUGUGCGGGCUGCCGUCGCUGCACUCCGUGCACUGGUUCUACGUGGACCCGGCCACGCUGUCGAUGCACUGGAUGCGCUCGCACGGCAGCGUCGCCUUCGUGCGGCCCUUCCUCGCCUCGGAGGUGGACCAGUUCGCGGCCGCCGACCUGCAGGAGCGCGUCGUGCUCGUCACCGGGAAGCCCGGCCUGGGCAAGUCCACGCUCGUCUCCUCCGUCGCCAAGAAGCUCAAGGAGCGCGACCGGACGACGUGGGUGGUGCGCGUCAACCUCAACGCCUACAGCAGCUUCCUGGACAAGGAGCCCAUCACCGAGAAGAGGGCCAUCGACCUGCUGCUCAACGCGGCGCUGCAAGCCGCAGCGCCCAACCCCUUCGAGGAGAAGUUCUUCAGGCACUGCGUCACCGAGUCAGGGAAAGUGACCGUCUUCGUGGACGGGUUCGACGAGGUGUGUUUUCGCCAUACAGACCAGGCGCUCAGGCUGUUGGAUGAAAUACAACGCACCAAAAUACAGCAACUGUGGGUAACAUCCCGAGAGUUUUUGAAAGAAACGUUGGAAUCUAAGCUGACGACUUUCGGGUUCACUCUCGGUGGCUUCGACGAGAGCAGCCAAAGGAAGUUCUUCAAAAUCUUUUGGGAGAAGAAGAUCCCCACGGCGCCGGCGCCUCGCCUCGAGAAGUUCAUCCACGAGUUCCUUAAAGUGGUGAAGCUGUCCAACCUGAGUCGCCUGGGCAUGCAGAUCCCGCUGGAGACCAUGAUGAUGGCGGAGGCGUUCCAGGCGCAGGCCGAGCUCUUCUGCCGCAAGGAGAGCCCCGACGUGGCCCUGCCCGCGUGCAUCGACCUCAUGGACCUGUACCGGCGCUUCGUCUACAGCAAGUACGACAUCAAGUUCCGCAAGGACGACGUCGACAGCUCGCGCGCGGGCUUCGCGCACAUGUUCCGCACGCUCACGGACGACUACACGCAGAGCCACGAGUUGCUGGCGCUGGCCUUCCUGUUCCCGCAGGCGCAGCUGCGCGCGCUGCGCCCGCCCGGCGUGGCCGAGCGCGCAGCCGCGCUCGCGCGCAGCGAGUACGUCAACGCCGACCUCGAGAAGGUGGGCAUCGUGACGCGCGUGGAGGGCGGCGUGCCGUGCUUCGUGCACCGCACCUUCGCCGAGUACUUCGCCGCGCUGUGGCUGGCGGAGCACUCGGCCGACAACGCCGCCUUCCUCGAGCAGCAGCUGUUCGCGCCCGAGCACCGCGACAUGCGGUUCAUGUUCGAUCGGCUGCUGGCGCGCGACUCCGAGCUCAAC